CCGGACCGUAAAGUGGCCUCCGACGCCAGCCUCAGGCCCGGCACGGUUCAACAAGUCGCCCUUCCCAAUGCUGCCCUCGAGAACACAGUCCCAAGCCGGCAUCGGCACCGGCGGACACCCUUCUGCUGCAUCGUACGUCCUGCACUACUCACCGCUCCAGCAAAAUGCCGAUCGUGCCAUCAGCCCAACGGCAACAUCAGACCCCUUUUCUGUUGCCAACAGCGUGGACGAGUACUACACCACGUCGUCGCGACCUUCUCCGCUGACUCUGGAUUUCACCUUGUUCACACCAAAGCCGGCCUUGUCUUCAACAAGCACUACGCGCGAAGCAUGGCCUGAUGACGGUAAACGCAAGGAUGACGAGGAUGAUGCCAUAGCCGACGACAAGCUCAACCAAUUCUCCGUGAAAGGACUGACCAGCUUGGCAUCAUACCCCAAUCCAAACCAAAAAGCUGCUCAAGAGCGACUCCAAAGAGCUCGACCGCUGCCUAGCCCAAACAACCUCAUCAAUCAUGGCCUCCGGACUCUGCCAAAAGACCUUUCGUGGCAACCCGCCACAGAUGGCCAACAGACAACGAAGGUAGCUCUGUCCGCCAGCACUCUUUCAAAGCUGCCUCUCAACGAAGGCACACUUGCGCGCUCAGGUUCCUUCCACUCUGCGAACCCUCUUUCUCUUCAACCUCUCCAAGCCGAUGUCGCUCACCCUCUCACUGCUGGCCCUCCAGGGCAACGUCAAGUGCGGCCCAUCGGCUCUCAAAUCCCACUCCUCAAGCUAAUGACAGACAAGGACAAGAAAGACACCAACCAGCAAAAACACCAGGCACUGGCCUUGAAUGCCAGCCAUGACGGCACGUUCCUAGCAGGCUCAGGCAUGUCGAUGUCACCAAGCUACAACAUGGCUGAUGAGGAGACAGCCUCGCCAACUGGGCUCUGGACGACUCACCAGGGAACCAGGAAGAUACGUGACUCGCUCAAGGCAGAAGAAGCGCGAUACUGGUACAAUGGCCAGCUACCUACCAACUUCGAUCGCGACACGCAAGCUGUGGAUGCAUCUUGGACCCACGAAUUGCUCGCCGAGCAAGACUUCAUGCAGCACAGCCAAUGGCGAUUGGCUCGCUCGGUGACACAUUUUGGAGCCAGUCACUCACGUAUCUGUCUGGCCAACAGCGGUAUGCAAAUGAACACACGGGACAAUGACACUACCUUCGCGUCGCCACAGAUGGCUUCUCUUUACAACAUCGAAGGCAGCAAUCGCCUGCCCAAUAGAGCAACCAUGGCACCAUGUCACUACCAGCAAGGCAGCUCCUUGGAUUCCAACAAUGAUGGUAGUCAGUGGCAUCGCCAGUCACCUACAAGAUUGCUACAAGUCGCCUGAACCGGAUUACUCAAAUCCAGGGCAAUGCUGACUCACUGCCGAGGACAAGCUUCGAGUGGUACCGCCCACCACAGUGUAGGCUUGAUAGCAUGUCAUCUUUCAAAACACGCCAUGAGGUGCCUAUCUUAUGGCAAGCAUACCCAAGUUACACUAUACCUGUUUGUUUUAUCCUGUCCUGGAAGUUGUCGAAGGCCUUGCACCACAGCCUCACAGGGAGAGUGAAUCAAGGGAAAUGAAUUGGUUGAUUGUGCGGAGAGGGUGCUUGAAAACCAACCAGCACAGGCUUAGUAUCGCAACACGCACGUCUGACGAGAAUACGUGUCUCCUUGACACGUGGAUAAUAUGGACAUGGUAUCACACAUACACUAGCUACCUGACCAGUCACUCCUUGAAAAUAGCUCAACAAUGCAUACUUAAGUAGGCAUGGCGGUAGCAGCGCCGUGGCCAUUCAAGGACAGCCAUUAUCAAUCACUUAGGGAUAUG